UGCUCCGCAGAGGACGCCGCCGACCAUGUCCGAGACCGCUCCCGCCGCCGCCCCCGAUGCGCCCGCACCCGGCGCCAAGGCCGCCGCCAAGAAGCCGAAGAAGGCGGCGGGCGCCGCCAAAGCCCGCAAACCCGCCGGCCCCAGCGUCACCGAGCUGAUCACCAAGGCCGUCUCCGCCUCCAAGGAGCGCAAGGGGCUCUCCCUCGCCGCCCUCAAGAAGGCGCUGGCCGCCGGCGGCUACGAUGUGGAGAAGAACAACAGCCGCAUCAAGCUGGGGCUCAAGAGCCUGGUCAGCAAGGGCACCCUGGUGCAGACCAAGGGCACCGGCGCCUCCGGAUCCUUCCGCCUUAACAAGAAGCCUGGAGAAGUGAAGGAGAAAGCCCCCAGGAAGCGGGCGACCGCGGCCAAGCCCAAGAAGCCGGCGGCCAAGAAGCCCGCCAGCGCCGCCAAGAAGCCCAAGAAAGCGGCGGCCGUGAAGAAGAGCCCCAAGAAAGCCAAAAAGCCGGCGGCUGCUGCGGCCAAGAAGGCGGCCAAGAGCCCCAAGAAGGCGGCCAAGGCAGGCCGCCCCAAAAAGGCAGCGAAGAGCCCGGCCAAGGCGAAGGCGGUGAAGCCCAAAGCAGCCAAGCCCAAGGCAGCCAAGCCCAAAGCAGCCAAGGCGAAGAAGGCAGCACCCAAAAAGAAAUAAAUUAUACCAGAAGAGUCCUGCUCGACAUAUUUUGUUAUCCAACGGCUCUUUUAAGAGCCACCCACACUUUCCCUAAAGGAGCUGAGGCACCGAGGUCGUCAGUAAUCUGCAGCAAGGAUCCAGUAAUUCGUAAGUCGUCAGAGGUCAAUUGUAUCUCUCCCCCUCCCCCUCUACAAUUACCGAAAGAAACGCUAACGAGCACGGUAUAACGCAGCGGCUUUUAGGGAAGUGUAGACUUUUACAUCUUUUUUGCCGAGUAAUUGGUUUGACUACCAGGAAGCAAUGUUUUAUAGUAAUGAUUUGAUAAAAAUCGGAUGUAUGUUUUUUUAAGAAUAUAUUUUGUAACAAAAGCAAUGCAAUUGCCAGGCGCGCUACUACUGAGCCACGUCUAAUCUAAUGUAUUAUUUCUCUUAAAGGUGUCUCCUUAAAUGGUUUUGUCUGUUUGGGGGAGGAGGGGAGGGUUUGCUUGCUGACCGGAAAAUAGCCCUGAGCUUUCCCCUUCCUUUUGUUCUCGAUGAGAAAGAAAAGGAGCUUUAAGUAUUGAAAAAGCCCGCCCUGACCAAGGAUUGGCCAGCGGAGAGCCCGGCCCGCUGCCCCUUCGCCCCCCCGUCCGCCUCCCGUCUCUGUCGCUGUUUCAGCCACUCUCGGAGAAGAAAAAGGCGGAAGAAGGGGGAGGGGGAGGGACGGCGGCUCUCACCAAAACACACCGUCCCCGUGUUCUCUGGUUUAAGAACUAAUCGGAAAAUACCCCAUCCCCGGGAGAACUUGCUUUGCAAGGACAUUUUGGCACGACUUUGUGUUAAUAGAAACAUGGAAAGCGUUGCUACUAUCACCAAGCCAAAAAUACUGUUAAUAAACAUGGACAAAAAAACGA